AGUAAUUCAUGGUUUAUGAAGUCAUUGGAUGAUGCAUAUGAUACUACUAAUAACAAUACUACUCACAACAAUACAAGUAGUAGUCUUUUAAAUGCUAAUCAAAUGGAUAUAUCAGACAAUGAACCUGUACAUAAUAUUACUGAUAAUACUAUGCUAAGUAAUGCAUUUCUUUACUCAUCAUCAAAUCACUUUAUAAACAGUCAUAUGAACAGAUAUACGUCAGAUAGGACUACAGAUAUGGAAGGGAAUGAUCUCAACAACAGUAUUAGUAAUAAUAAUAACAAUAGUAAUAAUAAUGACAGUCGUAAAAACUUUAUUUGUAACGUCGAUGAAACAGAAGCUGACGAAGGAGAAGACGAAGACGGCGACGAGGAGGGGGAGCAGGGGGAAGGAGUGAGGAUGGCGGUUCCAAUGACUGUGGAAGAAUUUCAACAAGGCAGAGAAGAACAAGAAGAGGACAGGAGACAAAUGCUGAGUUUACAGACUAACAGGAAUGUAUGUUUAACACAGAAGAAGCGAAGAUAUUCAUCCAACGAUGAUGAUGAUAAUGAUAAUAAUGGAUCUAUAUCACCAAAGAUCGAUAAUCCACCACCACACCUUUCGGCAUCUUCAUUAUCUCAACAACAUCAUUCUGUCUACAGUCAAUUCUCACGUCAUCACCAGCAUUCAAUGAUGAUGCUUCAUGCUGAAUCACAGAAUGAUGUAAAAAUUAAAGCAGAGGGAGAUUAUGCUGAUGACAAUGAUGAAGGUGACGGCGAUGAAGUCGAUGACCACGAUGUCAACAGUUGGAAGAAUACCAGAGUGCCAAAGCUGGAAAAUGAAAUACGUGAUCAAAAAAUCGAUUUUGAAAGUAUGGAUAAUACAAAAGAUAUGAUAGAUAGUUGUAAUAAUCACAAAUUUGAGAAUACUAUUACUAGUACUACUAAUAAUAAUACUAAUAAUAAUAAUGGUAGCAGUAGUAGUAAUAGUAAUCAUAACGCAAUGAUGUCAUGUAAUGAAAUCGCCUAUAUAAAUCAAGUUAGACAAAGAAAUGAAUAUAAUGAAAGGGAAGUUGACAAUACAGAAGGUUUUCAAGAAGACGGAGUCGCUGAGGAUGACGAUAAUGAUGAUGAGGACGGUGUUUGUGAUGACGGGAAUGUUGAUGAGGUGGAGGGGGAAGAGGGAGAAGAGGAAGAAGAAGAAGAGAUAGACGAAGGAGAAGAGGGUGAUGGGGAUGAUGAUGAUAUAGAGGAUCUCGGUGAAGAUAUUAGACAGCGACAAAGACAACACCAACAACACCAACAACAACAACGAGAAAUGCUAUUAGACAAUAAUAAUAACAGCAUGAAACAUCCACAAUCGUCUCAUCCUCACCUUCAACAACAGCAACAACAACUUAUGGAAAACGACUGUUUAAAUCUACUCAAAUAUAAUGGAAGAAAUCAAAUGUUCCAUAUACAGAAUGAUGAUAUGAAUACGGUUAAUACUACUACUACUAAUAAUAAUCGAUUAUUAAUGUCACCAACACAUCAACAUCUUCAACAGCAACACCAUCAGCAUCAACACCCCCACCAUCCCCACACACAACAGCAGCAACCACCACUACAACCACCACACCAGCACCAACAUCAACAACAACUGCAACAACAACACCAUAACAGAUAUAAUAACAACAAUUUAAUGAUGUGUCAGUCAAAUAAAAUUAUUGAUCAUAUGGAAAAUAUUAUUGAUUCUUCACGUGGACAUUCCAAAUUGUUGGAUUCAGUUGGUAUGAAUUAUGGAAUUAGAGGAAAAAAUGAUUCUGAUCUAAUGUCAAGUCCAAUGAAUCCAAAUACUGGUGGUAUGAAUACCAGUCAUAAUAAUAUCAGCAACAGCAACAAUAACAAUAAUAAUAAUAAUCGUAAAGAAGAUCGUGUCAAGCGUCCAAUGAAUGCAUUUAUGGUAUGGUCACGUGGACAACGUCGUCGUAUGGCACAAGAAAAUCCUAAAAUGCAUAAUUCUGAAAUCAGUAAACGUCUUGGUACAAUGUGGAAAAAUUUAUGUGAACUAGAUAAGAAACCAUUUAUUGAUGAAGCGAAACGUUUAAGAGCAAAUCAUAUGACACAAUAUCCUGAUUAUAAAUAUCGUCCAAGACGUAAACAUAAACCGUUAGAUAAACAGAAAAAGAAUUCAACCGCUCUACCGUCUUCAAUGAUAAGUGGAUAUUUAGGGAAUAAUACAAUGCCUCCUGGAUCACGUGGACUGCCUACUGGUAAUGCGGUUGGUGGAGGAGGUGGUGGAACCGGCGGCGGCGGCGUUGGCGGUGGUGGUGGGGGAGGACCUAUGACGCAUACAAAUCGACCGGUUCCAGAUUUAUUCGAUCCACUCAACUCUCCAUCGUCUCAGUCGCAUCAUCAUCAUUUCAGUCAGCAUAUACAUAAACAUGAACAUCACCAUCAUUUACACGGGUUAUUCAAUCCAACGGGGAAUAAUCCACGUCUUCCGACAAAUCCUUCAUAUAUGCCUAAUCAACCUACAGGGUAUUUACCACAUCCUAUUACUGGACUAAUGAAUACUGAGAAUCAAUCUAUGCCAGGAUUGCCAGGAUUAACUCAAAUAAUACCACAGCCUGGAUCAGCUGUACCCCAACCACCUGAACAUCAUCAACCAAUUGACUUUCAUUCAACGCAUCGUUUACAAGAUUAUUUAAAUUCAAAUAUGAUGCCGUAUUACAGUUAUCCGGGGAGUGAAUUUGAUAGAGAUGCGAAUUUAAAGCAUUCACUGUUUAGUAUUGAUCCAAUGGCUGCUAGAUCAACAACUCCAACGCAAACGCCAACGUUCAGAACAACAGCAACAACAACAAGUCCACCUCGAACAGCGACUACUGCAACAACAACAACAAACACUACCACACCGACAACAACAUCCUCUCAAUAUGAAGAGUAUACAACAGCAUUUCAUGCAAAUCGACAACUCUCUGGAAGUUAUCGAGAUAAUACUACUACUGCUACUGCGAAUAUGAUGAAUCAUAUAAGUAGUAAUUACAGCCGAUCACUAUCAGUUCAAGAUAGCGCCGGUAGACGUAUUUACGCAUCAGAGCAAAAUUUAACUAAUCAUCAUCAAUUUAAUCCGAAUUUCUUUUUGAAAAGAAAUGAAGAAUCGAUUAGAAGUCCUACUGGUUCUACGACUAGUACAACUAUUGUGAAUACUCCUAAUAGUACUAGUACUGUUAACAAUAGUACUGGCGGUAGCCAUCGUUCUCUCCUCCCACCACCACCACCCUUCCCUCCUUCACAUCCUCAUUCUCAUCAACACCCACACCACCACCACCACCAUCAACCAGCACAACUGAUGAAUCCUCAUAACAACAACAACAGCAAUGAGAAUAAUGAGAAUACUAAUGCCCAGUUAGUUCCAACGGAUAUGUCAAAUCAAUUCUCUGCAGUGGCGGCAGCUGCAUUAGCUGUUGCCGCAGUGAAUGAUACAAAUUUUGAGAGUAAAAAUCAUAAAAAUUCAAUCAAGUUUAUACAACAGCUGAAUAAUUCACCAUGGUCAAUGUUACGUAAUGAUAAUCAUAAUAAAUCGAUAUCCAAUCAAUCAGGAUUAAAGACAAAUCAAUUUGCUGAGUCGGAUUCAAUGCCGAUGAGACAGAAUGAUAAUCAUAAUAAUAAUUUUAGCUACACAGGAUCUAUAGGAUCAUCGUCACCACCACUCCCAGCAUCGUCGAUGGUAUCUCCACCGCCGACAACGUCGAAUAAUAAUAAUAAUAAUUCACAUAGUGCGGCAGCUGCUAUGAUGGCUGCUGUCGCAGCGGCUAAUUAUGCAGCAUCUCAACUGGCUUACUAUGGAGCUAAUACCCAGUCGAACAACAACAGCAACAACAACAUUGAUAACAAUAACGAGAGUUUAUACUCACGUCAACCAAGCAUACCGGGGGGAGGACGUAGUACUAUGGAGUCAUUAUCAUCAAACUGGAUGAAUAACAGUAGCAAUACUAAUCCACAGAAUGCAUCAUUUCGACCAAUCUCCUCUGGAUGGUCAACAAUUUAUAAUCGAAGUGAUUUAGAGCCAUUAGAUGUAUCAAGAAAUGAUGUAAACCUCUCAUCGAUAACCGCAUCAUCAUCAUCAUCUUCUUCUCCGUAUCCACCAUCGUGUCCACAGUUGGAUCCAUAUAGUCGAAAUAAUUUAUCCUCACAAUUCCAAAUAAAUCGUAAUCCUGCAUGGUUAGAACGUCUUGAUACCCAUCAGCUGCAGCUGCAGCAGCAACAACAACAGCAGCUACAUCAUCAGCAAUCAAUACACUUCCAAGGUCAUAGAAUGUUACCUAAUAUGACAGAUUUAGGCGUUAACUCGAAUGGUUCUCCUUCCAAUGUACAAAAAAGUUAAACAUAUAUACGUAAAUAUAUACGUAUACGUAUAAACAGUAUUACUGUAAUUUUUCUCGUUCCCAACGGAUAUAUAUACAUAUAUCACUUCCAUCCUUACCAUGUUUAUUUAUUAUUCUAUAUGAAGAAUUUGUUCAAAUCAAUGAAUUUAACAGUCCUUCAACAUUGAACAUAGUAAUUUGAGCGGGUGCGCGCGCGAUUUCAUUUUUGUUUAAACAAACAAACCAAGGAGAAAU